CGUCCAUUUUUCAUCAGUCAACAGAACAAAAAUACCAACUGACAGUAACCCCAACUUGUCAUAAUAGACAGUGAAAGAAUUUCAACAAUCAGGGAUGUCUUGUCAAAUGAGCAAAAUUGCAUAUCUGACUGAUCUUAAAGGAAUCAGGGCUAAAUUACUGCAAAAUGCCAUCACGAAGCUGGAUCACGUCCCGAAAGAAGAACUGCCUCUCCAGGACUGCCUGCUGUCCCUUUCCUCCGUCGGUGACGUCCUGGUUCUGGCUCUUCAUCAGCACAUCGUGAUCCUGACAUCAAAAUGGGACCUGCAGGAGCCAGGGGACGUGAAAAGUAAAUUCAGCACCACCUGGAGUGGCUGUCUGACAACGGACACCAGUGAAUACAUAACUUCAGUGCUAUGCCUGCCCCUGGGUCUCCUGGGGAAGUCCACAAUCGCCGGAGGUGUUGACUGGACGUGCAUCGCAGUGGGUUUCAGCACAGGUUUCAUCCGCUUCUACACAGAUCUAGGAUGCCUCCUUCUGGAAGAACAACUGCACCCAGAGACCCUGAUCUCCUUAAAAUGCCAGUCAUCACCUGCAGGUCACGGGGACACGUCCCCAUCCGAAGAAAUCCACGUUUUGUACCCCAGCGCCAUCUGCGUCCUCCCGGGAUUCCCUUUAUUCUCUACCCUUCGUCUACGGCGCAACCACUUGGCGCAGGUGCAGGCAAACUCCCUGGAAAAACCACUGGAGGUGUCAAAUGGCGCGUCCCUGCCCCUGAGAAAAUUUGGAUUCAAGGAUCAGGACGUGAUAAAUGACUGCGAAUUCGUUGGCACCACUUCAGUGAAUACUUUUGAUCAUUUGAUGACAGCUUCUGUCUGUGGUGGCUUCAACGCCUCCUAUCGGUCCUCAGCGCCACAGCACAGCCUGACGAUAGCAACAGGCAAACGUCCUUACCUGGGAUUUCAUUAUGCCCUGGAAGGAGGGGCUGCACCUGUAUUGUCAGACAUGGCUCUCGCUAUGGCGAGUUCUCUGGCCAGCGCCAUUGGUAGAAUUGGCACUGCUGUGCCCUGGCUCAGGACCAGCAUCAAACCCACCAAACAAAAUCCACCACAAGACAGAAAGGGACCUGCAGCGGAAGCCCCUGAGUCUAUGACCUGCAGGUUUGCCCUCAGCGAUGUCAUGAGGGAGGGCGACUGUCUCGUUCCCAGCCCCAAUAGAGCCCUCUCCGUUGUAGCUGAUGGCAUGGGACGAGUCCUUCUGCUCGACAACAGGAAGGGUCUUGCGCUGAGGAUGUGGAAGGGCUAUAGGGACGCACAGUGCGGCUGGGUCGAGGUCUCAGAGGACAAACAUUCCAACAGAUCAAGCGCACUCGGUGACCUUUCUGUGUGCAACAAGACCCAUAAAACCCAGAGGACCAAUUCUCGACAUUCCUUGAAGACUGCUCUAUUCCUGGUCAUCUACGCUCCGAAGAAGAGUGUCAUCGACGUCUGGGGGGUGCAGCAGGGCGGUAAGAUAACGACAUUCACAACGAGUAAAAAUGGUCGUCUCAUCUACAUAAAUUACGGACUCCUUGGGGUGAGCGAUACAACUAACCCUGUCCAAAGCAGGCGACCGCACUCGUGCGUAUUCCUGGACUCCAUGGGUGGACUGAAGAAUAUAACCGUGCCCUUUCACUACGCUCUCGGUAGCAAGAAUGGAAAGCGCGCCAGAGACAUCCACUUGUUCAAGAAGCUGAAGACUUUCAUGAGAGAAAUUGACUUCGAUGAGGAGACGCUGGUGUCUCAGGUGGAUGAGAUCUGUUCCGAGUUGAAUACCAACGAGGUAAGACUCCAGGUGAUCGAGAUGCUAAUGGGUAAUCGACGGAUUACCCCCUACGGCUUGUGGGCAGCCACUGGUUGUUUCUCCCGGGCCUUGCUACAGGUCGACUACGACGAGCUGGGGCCCAAGGCAAAAACUCUCUACAGGGUCAUUACCCAGCUGGAUAAGGUCAUCAGAUUCUACAACAACGUUAAGCCGUGGUUCGAUCAACCUCCAGAGUACAGUACUGUAGAUUCGAGUUGUGUUCCUGUUACGAAAGACCUUGCCCAUGCCCUCCUGACGUCCCACCAGGAGGUGGAUAGGAUUCUCCAGCUCUCCAGGGAUCUCUCCGAACUCGAAUCAGUCAAAUCCCACGUGCACAAAAAAGGGGUGACAUUCAAGGACGACGGAGAACUGUUCUUCAACUUCAUAUCAUCAUUUGACUUCGGGCCUCAGAUCUCGAUUGGCCUGAGGGAGGGCCUCAGUGAGGACCAAAAAUAUCAGAUCGCCACUCUGAUUUGUCAAGGCUGGAUUUACUCCAGUGAGUCGACAGAUGAGUGGAAGGUGUGGACUGAGGACUCUGGAAUUCGCCCCAGGUCUCUGGUGGAGCUGGCACUUGUUUAUUGGUUGCGAAAACUGCCAGGGGCUCCUCUGGAGGUCGAGCUCAGUCGAUUCAGUCAGCUACUGCAUACCACAUGCGAUCUGAAGGCUGUUGACGAUUCAGAGGAUGACAGAGAGAUCUCUUCUUGGUGGGUGGAUAUCCGAGGGAUUCUGAUGGGUUCAUCGAGGCCUUUCCAAGCUCUCACGGCUGCUCUAGCUUGCAGGAGUGUCGAGAUCCGCCAGCAGAACCGCAGAGACAUGCUCUCCAAUUAUGAAAUGAAGGGAGCGAUCCCCGAGGGGUGGAAGAACCUCAGUAAUGAAACAUGUCAGUUCACUCUCCUCAUCGGAAACCUCGAGGACGUCGCACUCCUGAAUGCUAUCACCAAUCAGCCAAUUUUCCUGGAGAACUCUCACAAGAAAUUUUACGCUCUUCCUUACCAGAAGAUCGACGUGUCCAUGGGGUACGUCAUCUCCAGGGGGAAGGGUUCGAUUUCGGAAAUUGUAGCCAAGUGGCUGUCGUCCUCUGGGAUCGAUCCUGAGGCCCUCAUCGAGGAAGAGAGUUUAAACUUCUGUGAGAAAAAAUCAAUGGUGGAAGAUCCUUCGUCUUCUAGUGGAGAAGAUACCCAGAGAAUGGAACAAAAUCUUGGGGAUGAUGGAAGUAAGGGAGACAGAAAUGUAUUGGAUGUAGAUCCAAUUCUGAAGGAAAUAUUCCAGAAGAUCUCUCUUCUAAGACAGCACUUCCCUUACAGUCUCACCGGUACUGUGUUGCUGGCAAAUUUAGCGUGGGAGUUCGUCGUCCACUGGAGCAAGAAUGUGACGGAUCUCGAGGCUCUGAAGGCUGCCCUAGACGUCCUGAGGAAGAUCCCGUCCAAGGGAAUGAGACACGGAGUCUGCUGUCUCCUUUGGAAUAUUCACGUCAAGAAGAGGAUGGAGACUGUUGCGAAGCUCAUGAAUAAGCUGGGGAAAUUGCCUAAGGAACGUCUGUGUGUGCAGGAGAUUGGAUUGUCUGAUUGCCAACUGACGGUGUUCCUUCAGCACUGCGUGAGCCUUUUGGAUAUUUUUUUGGACUCUGAGAUCGUCGAUGAGGAGAACGACGUGGCGAUGAGAUUCGAGGAGCUCUGGGAGGGUACCUCCAGCGCCCCACAGCCAUUUACUGUUCUUGCCCUGACGCAGCCACCGGCAGGCUUUGAUCUAGUUAUGCUGCACUUUCAAUUGGCUAAUGUUCUUCAUAUGGUUGCGAGAUUUAAUCUGAAGAGUGUCAAGCUCAUGGUUAAUUUGUUCGAUUCUGCCAGCAAUCAGUACUUCUUUCAGGAUAUAUCGGAUAAGACCGUUUUGGCUUGGUACAGGGAUGAUAAAAGGGAUGGCAUGAGGAUGGAGUUCCUCUGCAAGGUCAUCACGGCUUCCAUUGAGGCCAUUCAUCAGAAGGAAGAAGCUGGAGAUGCAUGUGAUGCUGAAGCCGUCGCUUGGAUGGCCAAGUGCCAGACCAUGGCUGCACUUUGGAAGAUUGAUAAGGACAAACUCAGGAUUCAUCAGGUUUAUCAGCUUUAUGUCAAUGGGCUCGAUAGGCAGGCGGACGAGAUCUCUAUGGCAAUAAACAACACGGAAUCCUUGGCUGUGAAUUUGCUACCAGUGGCAGGUCGAAGGAUGAUGAUUUAUCUGUCUCAGACUCCAUCUCUCCUCGAGCAGGUGUCCAGAAUCAGCCCAUCCCUUACCCACUACCUAGAGCAACUGAACAUUCAAUGCGUUAUAAUGUCCACCAGCUCUCACGAUGCGACAAUUGAAUUAAUUCAAAAAUUGGCACGAUAUCUACCAGAGACUCAUAAAGACUAUCACAUAGCGCAGCUGAUGCUCGACGCAACAUUCAUCUAUGAAGAGCAUUUAUAACGAAAUUAUCUGUUGUAUCAUAAAUAUUAGAUAAUUAAUUAUAGAAUAUUAAUCUAUCUGUUGUGUUCUAUAAAUUUUGUUGAGUAGGAAAAUUUCUAAGACUUGGAGACUGACGAGGAAGGCGAAAAAUAAUUAAUUUCAAUUACAUAAUUAAAAUCCUCUCUUAAAAAACAAAAAUAUUUUUUUAUUCUCAUUAUUUUUCAACCACUGAAUUACAAAUUUUCGUUCAAACACCGAACAAUUCUGAUGCCCUUCGGCUGAAUACUAUUCACUUAAAAUAUUAUUUCUAUAUCAGGUGUUGAGGUAUUGAAAUCAGUAGCGAAGAGGUAAAGUUGAUUAACUUCUCGGUUUAGUUUUCGGGGGAUAUCGCGGAAUCUAAGAGAGAUAGACAGUUUUUCGUUGGGACCUCUUUUGUAGAGUGGAAUGAGAGCUGCGAAAAAGGUCCCCACAAAAUUUCAGUAACUCCCUCACAUCGAGAGUUAUUGCCCGGAAACUCAACAGUUAAUCUUUAACUUCUCGCUGCUGAUAUCACGAAUCGUACAUAAAUUACCGGAAUUAACAAAA